AAUCGCCACAAGGGUGCUGCACCAUGCGGCGAUUUUUAAAAAUGUAUAUCUAAUAUCAGUUGAUAUAAAUUAAUAAAAAGAUAACAAAUUUUAAGAAAAUGAUAGGUAUGUUGAAUGAUUCCGACAGUGAAGAUGAAUUACCCCCUGGAUGGGAAGAAAUGACAACUGUUGAUGGAAACGUUUAUUAUGUGAAUCAUUACACAAAAGGUACUCAAUGGACACAUCCCAGAACAGGCCGUAAAAAAAUUGUUGAGGGUGAAUUACCAUCUGGAUGGGAUAGAUGUGUAUCAGAAGAUGGUAGAGUUUUAUUUAUUGAUCAUGUAAACCGUACAACAACAUAUACUGAUCCACGACUUGCAUUUGCUACGGAAUAUAGAGAAUCAUCACAGCCUGUACGACAGCGCUUUGAUAGUAGUAGCACCGCAUUAUCUGUUUUACAUGGUAGAGAUUUAAGAGGAAAAAUUGCCAUUGUUACUGGUGCUAAUACUGGCAUAGGAUUUGAAACUGCUAGAUCAUUAGCUCUACAUGGAUGUAAAGUUAUUUUAGCAUGUCGAGAUUUAAAGAAAGGUGAAGAAGCGAUUAAGAAAAUACAACAAGAGAGGGACAGUGUAAUAUGUGAAAUAUUGCAUUUAGAUUUGUCCUCUUUACAUAGUGUUAGAGAAGCAGCUGAAAAAUUUAAGCAAAAAUAUAGAACUUUACAUAUUCUUAUUUUGAAUGCUGGAGUAUUUGCAUGUCCUUAUCAACUUACAAAAGAUGGUUAUGAAACAACAUUUCAAAUUAAUCAUCUUUCACAAUUUUAUUUUACACUCUUAUUAGAACAACAAAUUCGAAAUUGUCAUAAUUCUAGGGUAGUAGUUGUCUCAAGUGAAUCACAUAGAUUUUCAUCUCUUCGAACAAUAGAAGAUUUUCAUCAAUUAACUCUUUCUCCUCCUGCAUAUAAAUACUGGUUUAUGGGAGCAUAUAAUAAUUCCAAAUUAUGUAAUAUUUUAUUUGCACAAGAAUUGGCAAAACGUUGGCCUUCUGUAAGCGUAUUCAGCUGCCAUCCUGGUAAUAUGGUUUCUUCUUCUCUAUCUCGUUAUUCGUGGACAUUACGAUUGUUAUUUAUGCUAGUGCGACCUUUCACGAAAUCACUGCAACAAGCCGCGAGUACAUCAGUCUUUUGUGCUACUGCACCAGAAUUGGAAGGUGUAACUGGAGUUUAUUUCAAUAAUUGUUAUCGUUGCGAUCCAUCAAACGUGGCCCUAGAUUCUGCGCUUGCCACAAGAUUAUGGUCUGUCAGUCAAGAAAUGAUUAUGAAUAUUAUGAAACAUGAUAAACUUUGGGAAACAUCAACUUUAAAAUGAAAUAGUUCAUUUUUCAAACUAAUUAUAAGUAAAUAUGAAAGUAUCUAUAAUAUCUGAACCAAAAACGUUUUAAUCAGUAAGAAAUUUAUAUUUGCUUUUGUAAAAAAAUGUAUAUAAUUAAUAAAUUGU